AUGGCUCCGUCUCAGCAUGACAACUCAGUUAGAUCGGAUGACUCCGAUUCAUUUCAAGACGGUGGAGGCGGAUUUUUAGUGAAUGAUCCUGACCAUAAACCAAGGAGGUCUAGAAGGGUCAAGGAGAACACGUCCUAUAAGGAGUCCUCAGGAGAGGAGGAAGCAGUUGACUUCUCUAAUGUGGAUGUUCCAGCUAAAAGAGGGAGACAAACGCGUUCUACUCCCAAAAAGAGAAAGAAGGAGAACACUGAAGAUGCAGACUUUAAUUUCAAGAUUAUAGAUGAUGAUGAAGACAAUGACGACUUGAUAGAGAUUGUCAGGGAUCAGAAGGUUGAGAGAAAUGGAGAUAGUGCUCUUCAAGCAAUAGACUUAUCGGAUGCAGAGGAUGAUUUGCCGUUAUCGAGCCGGACCGAAACGAAAAAACCCAAGAAGAGAGCACCCAAAAAGAAGAAGGAGCCCAAGGUCAAAGUUCCAUAUUUCACCAGAACAACCAACAAAUUGUAUGAACAUCAUCCCCACUUAAAGGAAGUGUUUCCGUACUUGCAAUCCCUUGCGAAAAUUCCAGUCGAAAGAGCAGCCCAGCCCCCUGGAAUGACAAUCAAAUUACUUCCCUUUCAGCUCGAGGGUUUAAAUUGGUUAUUAAAGCAAGAAGAUGGAGAGUUUCAGGGUGGUGUAUUAGCUGAUGAAAUGGGUAUGGGUAAAACUAUCCAAACGAUAGCAUUGUUUAUGAAUGAUUUGACAAAGCGUCCUAAUUUAGUGGUAGGUCCAACCGUGGCAUUAAUGCAGUGGAAAAAUGAAAUAGAAAAACACACAGAUGCGGGUAAACUCAAAGUUUUGUUAUUUCAUGGUGCAAAUCGUGCUUCCAGUGCAGAAGAAUUGGAGAAGUAUGACGUUAUUUUAACAUCAUAUUCCGUUCUAGAAUCUUCUUAUAGAAAGCAACAAUACGGGUUCAAGCGUAAAAACGGAGUUGUUAAGGAAAAAUCUCCCUUGCAUGAAGUUCAAUUUUAUCGAGUUAUUCUAGAUGAAGCUCAUAAUAUUAAGGACAGAACGUCCGGGACAGCCAAAGCUGCAAAUAAUUUAAAAACCCAUAGGAGAUGGUGCUUGACUGGUACUCCAUUACAGAAUAGAAUUGGUGAGAUGUACUCACUUAUAAGGUUUUUGAAGAUUGAACCAAUCCACUUAUAUUUCUGUACGAAGUGUGAGUGUCAGAAUGACGAAUGGAAGUUUUCUGAUUGGAGACAUUGUGACCAGUGUGGUCAUUCGCCGAUGUUGCAUACAAAUUUUUUUAACCAUUUUAUGUUGAAGAAUAUUCAGAAACAUGGCAUUGAAGGAGAUGGAUUGGUUAGUUUUAACCAUAUCAGACUUUUAUUGAGCAACAUUAUGUUGAGAAGAACGAAGCUUGAGAGAGCAGAUGAUUUGGGAUUGCCUCCCAGAGUUGUCGAGAUCAGAAGAGACAAGUUUAACGAAGAAGAAAAGGAUUUGUAUACUUCACUCUACAGUGACUCCAAGAGAAAAUUCAAUGACUAUGUGGCCGAAGGUGUUGUGCUUAACAACUACGCCAACAUUUUUACCUUAAUUACCAGAAUGAGACAAUUGGCUGAUCAUCCAGACUUGGUUUUGAAAAGAGUAGGGACUAACCAAAUUGCCGGAGAUGUUGAAGGUGUGAUUAUAUGCCAACUUUGUGAUGAUGAAGCCGAAGAACCUAUUGAAUCUAAGUGUCACCAUAGAUUUUGCCGAAUGUGUAUUCAGGAAUACAUUGAGUCUUUUGGUGGUGACGAAAAGAAGUUAGAGUGUCCAGUUUGUCAUAUUGGUCUCUCCAUAGAUUUGGAGCAACCUGCCAUAGAAGUUAACGAAGAAUUGUUCUCGAAAGCUUCGAUUGUCAAUCGUAUUAAGUUGGGGUCACACGGUGGGGAGUGGAGGUCUUCCACCAAGAUCGAAGCAUUGGUCGAGGAAUUAUACAAGUUGAGGUCCGACAGACACACCAUCAAGUCUAUCGUUUUUUCGCAGUUUACAUCGAUGUUGGAUUUGAUCGAAUGGAGGUUAAAAAGGGCAGGUUUCAAGACCGUCAAGCUCCAAGGUUCGAUGUCACCACAACAGCGUGAUAAUACUAUUAAGCAUUUCAUGGAAAACACAGAAGUGGAAGUGUUCUUGGUGUCUUUAAAGGCUGGUGGUGUUGCAUUAAACCUUUGUGAAGCUUCACAAGUGUUUCUUAUGGACCCAUGGUGGAAUCCGAGUGUGGAGUGGCAGUCAAUGGAUCGUGUUCAUAGAAUUGGGCAAAAACGGCCAAUUCGAAUCACCCGGUUCUGUAUUGAGGAUAGCAUCGAGCUGAAGAUUAUUGAAUUGCAAGAGAAAAAGGCUAACAUGAUCCACGCCACCAUUAAUCAAGACGAUGCCGCUGUCAGCAGAUUGACACCAGAUGAUUUACAGUUUUUGUUCAUGAACUGA